AUGGAAAAUAUACCAAGCUUGGACUCCGACCUGUCAAGUUUGGCAGUUUUUGCCUCAAAUGCCAGCCGUACUCUUUACUGUAUCGUGGAUAGCUUUCAGUCGACACCAAGACCUAUUCGAGAGCUUUCACGGGAUCUCCACGUUCUGAUGGAAGCUUUAGGCGGAUUGGGUGGCAUGCGCGACCUAUUCACUGACACUGAAACGCUAAACCUCCGAUUCAUUUUGGUAAGAUGUGGGGUCGCUUGUAAGGAUUUUAAGGAAGUGGUCGAAAAAUGCCUGCCUUACCCGGACGACGGGAGCGUCGACCGUCGAUGCUGGACUAAACUACAAUAUAUGGGUGGCAACGUCGACACUUUCAGGCGUCUGCUAUUGCUGUAUCUAUCAGCUUUUGAAGUGACCGUCGAGUCCACGCACCUCCGAUUGCAAAGCUUCGUUGAUGUCAAAAGCCUCGAAAGUCAUGAAAUACGUAUCAAACAUGCCAAGUCUGACAUCGAAGACUUUCUUGAGAAUCUUAACUAUGGGAUAUGCCCGCAUGAAAUGAAACAACUGGAAGAACAGCGGCUGGGCAUCGAAAAAUGCCUUGAAAUAUGUGCCUAUUCUUCUGAUUCUAUUGAUCUGAUUCAAGUCAAAACAGAAGAAAAUGGCAAGGUGCCAGAAGCCGACCAGCCUACCGCGUUUCCUGGCUCACAUGCGAAAGGAAGCUUCAGUACUAUCAACAACUAUUCCACGGGAGACGCCGUCCUCUUCACGGUUUCCACCAAUGGAAAGACCAUUCACGGGAGCAAUAAGGCGUUAGGGUGGAGGUCACGUUUUCUCACAGGACAUGUCAAUGACCAGAGUGUCCAGCAGAUAUCGAAGGAUUUUGCUCUGAUGAAUACCGGACACCUUGAGCGAAAGGAGUCUUCUGCCGGAAAGAGCACCUCUGUUGCCGCUGAUAAUCCGGAUUCUUGCCACCCUGGGACUGAAUUCGUCAAGCAGUACGGGAAAGGUAAAAUUCUACCCAAGUGA